GCGCGCGUUAGGGAUUCUGCUGGCAUCACAGCGUGGCGAGCAGGAGGCAGGAGUAGGGCGCGCAGGGGAGCGCGGGACCCUCCCGCGCACACGCACACGUCGCGCGCGCUCUCUCACACACACACACACGCCCUCCCUGCCUCGCUCGUUGCCGGCGCUACCAUCUCGGAGCCGAGCCCUGCAGAGCGGGAACCCCAGCUGGAGAGAGGACCCGAGCGGAGCCAAGCCACGGGAUGCCGGCCCGCAGCGGAGCCGCGCGCGGACGGCGCGCCCGGGACGUCGCCUGUGUCCACAGGUCCUGAGGCUGCAGUGCCCAUGGGCAGAGAGGGUGACUGGGUCAAGUCCAGGCUGACCCCACCUCAGCUGCACUCCCUUGAUGCCCACCUAGCCUGAGGUGUCCGGCCGAAGAGCCAUGAGCCCUGAGCCUCUGCCUGAGUGAGGUCCCCAGGAGCCAUGGGGAAGGGGGUACAAGCUGGAGGCUGCACCAAAUCUGUAGAGAUGCCUGUGUGGACCAGGAGGCUGCAGCCAGCAGGGAUCCUGUGACCAUGUCCUGGCUGCCGUGAGUCUCUGGGCUACAUAGCCUCCUGCCCACCUCUCCAAAGCUCUGACUCUGCACAGCCCCUGGAGCAGCUGCUAGGCCUACUCCUCACCCACCCCGGGCCAGAGGGACUCCUCAAGCUUUGGGACUCAGCGGAGCACAGCAGCAGGCACGGUGAGCGAGAGGAUGCUGGCGGGGAGUGCAAGGAGCAUGCCUAGCCCCCUCCUGGCCUGCUGGCAGCCCAUCCUUCUGCUGGUGCUGGGCUCAGUGCUGUCAGGCUCGGCCACGGGCUGCCCACCCCGCUGUGAGUGCUCUGCCCAGGACCGCGCUGUACUCUGCCACCGCAAGCGCUUUGUGGCGGUCCCCGAGGGCAUCCCCACCGAGACUCGCCUGCUGGAUCUGGGUAAAAACCGCAUCAAAACUCUCAACCAGGACGAAUUUGCCAGCUUCCCACACUUGGAGGAGCUAGAGCUUAACGAGAACAUCGUGAGCGCCGUAGAGCCUGGCGCCUUCAACAACCUUUUCAACCUCCGGACGCUGGGUCUCCGCAGCAACCGCCUGAAGCUCAUCCCGCUGGGUGUCUUCACUGGCCUCAGUAACCUGACCAAGCUGGACAUCAGCGAGAACAAGAUCGUCAUCCUGCUGGACUACAUGUUCCAGGACCUGUACAACCUCAAGUCGCUGGAGGUUGGCGACAACGACCUGGUGUACAUCUCCCACCGCGCCUUCAGUGGCCUCAACAGUCUGGAGCAGCUGACCCUGGAGAAAUGCAACCUGACCUCCAUCCCCACCGAGGCGCUGUCCCACCUGCACGGUCUCAUCGUCCUAAGGCUGCGGCACCUCAACAUCAAUGCCAUCCGGGACUAUUCCUUCAAGAGGUUAUACCGACUCAAAGUCCUGGAGAUCUCCCACUGGCCCUACUUGGACACCAUGACACCCAACUGCCUAUACGGCCUCAACCUGACAUCCCUGUCCAUCACACAUUGCAAUCUGACCACCGUGCCCUACCUGGCCGUCCGCCACCUGGUCUAUCUCCGCUUCCUUAAUCUCUCCUACAACCCCAUCAGCACCAUUGAGGGCUCCAUGUUGCAUGAGCUGCUGCGGCUGCAGGAGAUCCAGCUGGUGGGCGGGCAGCUGGCGGUGGUGGAGCCGUAUGCCUUCCGCGGCCUCAACUACCUGCGAGUGCUCAAUGUCUCUGGCAACCAGCUGACCACACUGGAGGAGUCGGCCUUCCACUCGGUGGGCAACCUGGAGACCCUCAUCCUGGACUCCAACCCUCUGGCCUGCGACUGCCGACUCCUGUGGGUGUUCCGGCGCCGCUGGCGGCUCAACUUCAACCGGCAGCAGCCCACGUGCGCCACGCCCGAGUUCGUCCAGGGCAAGGAGUUCAAGGACUUCCCCGAUGUGCUACUGCCCAACUACUUCACCUGCCGCCGCGCCCGCAUCCGGGACCGCAAGGCGCAGCAGGUGUUUGUGGAUGAGGGCCACACGGUGCAGUUUGUGUGCCGCGCAGAUGGCGACCCGCCGCCCGCCAUCCUCUGGCUCUCGCCCCGCAAGCACCUUGUCUCAGCCAAGAGCAAUGGGCGGCUCACCGUCUUCCCCGAUGGCACGCUGGAGGUGCGCUACGCCCAGGUGCAGGACAACGGCACGUACCUGUGCAUCGCGGCCAACGCAGGCGGCAACGACUCCAUGCCUGCCCACCUGCAUGUGCGCAGCUACUCGCCCGACUGGCCGCAUCAGCCCAAUAAGACCUUCGCCUUUAUCUCCAACCAGCCCGGCGAGGGAGAGGCCAACAGCACCCGCGCCACCGUGCCUUUCCCCUUUGACAUCAAGACGCUCAUCAUCGCCACCACCAUGGGCUUCAUCUCUUUCCUGGGCGUGGUCCUCUUCUGCCUGGUGCUGCUGUUUCUCUGGAGCCGGGGCAAGGGCAACACGAAGCACAACAUUGAGAUCGAGUAUGUGCCCCGGAAGUCGGAUGCAGGCAUCAGCUCCGCAGAUGCGCCCCGCAAGUUCAACAUGAAGAUGAUAUGAGGGCGGGCGGGGGGCAGGGACCCCCAGGCAGCCGGCAGGGGAAGGGGCCUGGCCGCCACCGCUCACUCCCCAGUCCUUCCCACCCUCUCAGUACCCCUCCACACUUCUUUUUCUCCCUCCCACCCCAUCCCUUGCUGCCCCCCACAGCCCUCACCACCGGCCCUCUUUCUACCAGGACCUCAGAAGUCCAGGCCUGGGGACCCCAACUGCACAGGGGCGUUCAUUGACAGACUGGAGUCAAAAGCCGGCAAACCGACAUGCGGCAGAGUCAGUAAUACAAUAAAAAAGUUACGAACUUCCUCUGUAACUUGGGUUUCAAUAAUUAUGGAUUUUUAUGAAAACUUGAAAUAAUAAAAAGAAAAAAAACCUAUUUCCUAUAGCUAGUCGGAAUGCAAACUUUGACGUCCUGAUUGCUCCAGGGCCUCUUCCAACUCAGUUUCUUGUUUUUCUCUUCCUCCUCCUCCUCUUCUUCCUCCUUUCUCUUCUCUUCCCCUGUGGGGAGGGAUCACUCAGGAAAACAGGAAAGGAGGUUCCAGCCCCAUCUGCCUGCCCACCCUGCCAGGUUGCCAUCAGGAGCAGGCUGGGUGCAGGCCUGGGCCCAGCUCUAGGCUGACUGUUUGCAGGGAGUGGGUGGAGGGGAUGGGUCUGCCAGUGGGGGUGGAGACCUGUCUGCUAGGCUACCAGGCAGCACUGCUGCCUGCAGGUGGGAGCCUGGCUUGGGUGUGGCUGAGACUCUGGACAGGGGCUGGGGUCCUCCUUGGGGACAGCACAGUCAGUGGAGAGAGCCAGGGGCCUGAGGUAGGACUGAGACCUAGCCUCUGGUCCCAGCUCUGCUGCUCACUUGUUAUGUGGCCUCAAGCGGGUCACUGGUCUCUCUGGGCCUCAGUCUCCACAUCUGUACAAAUGGGAACAUUACCCCCCCUCCCCCGCCCUGCCUACCUCACAGGGCUGUUGUGAGGAAUUGAUGAGAUGAUGUAUGUGAAACACUUUGUAACCUGUAAAGCGCUGUGCACACAUG